GGUACGCAGUGUGACAUAAUAACACUAAUAUACGCAUAUAUCAUUAUUAUAUGAACCGUAAUCAGUUCGAUUGGACGUACUUGAUAUUCUCGACGGAAUACGUUUUUCGACCGUUUUUCGUUUUUGUUUUACACUUUGACUCGCCCUCCGACGACCUUAUGGAGUCUUACGGAGGUGCCGGAUGCGUCGACUGUUACCGAGAACACUGCAGGCGUUUGCUGCCUUCGGUGCCGAUCGCCGCGACCGCGCCAGACCGCCGGACGCCGUCACUACAGAUGAACCACGGCCAAACCGCCCCUAGGAGAUUCGAUUUCGCCCGCCGUUCGUAUCGGCUUUUUAUCGCCGGUUCGUUCGUCAUCGGACUGAUCUUAGUGCCCUGCGCCAUGUCCGCGCCUACCAAAUCGUCAAAGUCUCCGUCACCAACGCCGCCACGCCCGAUCAUCGCGACCAGCACGCCAUUCUGGCACAACCCGUGCGGCACGCUUCUGACGUACGACGGUAGCGGCGGCGGCGCCACCGGUGGCAUGAUAAGCAGCGCCGUCGGCCACGACAUUAUGAUGAUGGAAUCGGAAUCGGAAUCGGAUUCGGCGAUGCGGCGCGAAGAGGACAUCAUCCACGGCAUCGUCGUGGCUGCCGGUCAGGCCCUAACGCACGCCGAACAGUUCACCGGUGCUUUCGUGGUCGAAACGUUUCACGUCGACGUCAAGAAAAACCACGAACACUGGAAAGGCAUCACGCUCGAUUGGCUAGAGAUGGCCAAGUACAUGCCCAAAGCGCUGGACGUGCCGCUCAGCAAGUCCUAUCUGGCCACUCUGACGUUCAGGGAUGUGCUGCACGCCGUGUACGUCGGCAUGCAAAACCUGGCCGUGGGCCUGGAACAAGUGGCAUGGGACCAAGACCGGGAGAUGCUCCCAUACGCCAAAUACUUCAAUGAGACCACUUUGAAACUGAGAACUAUCUUGUGCGAGGUGUCGAUGGCAAUUUACGACAUCAACGAAACGCCGGAACCGUACGUGUCCAGGGACAUCAUGCCGAUGGAGUCGAGGAUUUCGCGUGACAACCAGUCGCUCAGGGACUGGCUUAUACUGCGCGAGUACAUGACCAGCCUCCAGUACUUGAUCGAGGCUUUCGGAUACCUGAAGUCAAAGAGAUAAUAGACGCGUUCCGAUCGCCGCCGUUGCCACAGCCUCUGUCCGCAUAAUCCAUCAUCACCGCUGAUAUAUAUUAUUAUUAUUAUUAUUAACUAUUAUUGUGAUAAAUAUUCGUCGUCGCCACUCGUUUUAUUUUCCGCACACGUCACUUAUUAUUAUAACAUAUUAUAUUAUAUAUUAUUAUCAUUAUUGUUACUAUAAUACGACUUUACGGACACGAACGCCGCGCGUUUACGUUUAGUUAAUUGCGUAGUAUGUAAUUAUAAUAUUUAAAUUGUGCUUAAAUGUUUAAUAUUAUCGAACGCAAAUCAUUCAUCCCUCUCUCUACCUCCAGACCCCUCGACUCAUCCACCGCCACCGAUCCCACCUCCACGCCAUCACCUCGUCCCAGUUGUUAUAGUAAGUGUAGGUAAAUCAUUUUAAGUCAUUAUUUGUAUAAUGAUUGUGAUUUAUUCGAUUUGUUUCCAAACGACUCGCGCACUAGCGUACAAACGUAUUAUUAUAAUAUUAUCUACGUACGUAUAUUAUCUAUAUUAUUAUAAUGUAUACUAUCUAUAGUUAGAUAUAUAUUUUAUUAUUUUUUAGUGUUAGCAAUUUUUUAUUUACUGAAUUAUUUAUUUUAUUUAUUUGGUACCUACGCGUAUCCAGACUGUUAUUUACACGUUGUAUAAAUGUUUAUGAAUUGUUUUUACGACGACCUAUAAUUGUAUCCAACAUGUGUCUAGUUUGUUAAAUUCAUUGUAGUUAUUAUUAUUAUUAUUAUUAUUAUUAUUUUUAUCAUUAUCAUUAUCAUCAUUUUCAUUAUUAUUGUAGUGUUGAAUGCGCUACGCGAGAUCCGACGUUUUACCUCUUCAACUGUUGUCCCUCAUGAAUUUGAGAUGUACGGAGAUGUCCUCGUAUUAAUAUAGUAUAUUAUGCCUAC